AUGAAUUACUCAACAGUGAACUCCACCACACCUGAAGCAUCCACAAUCUCCACAACUGAUUCCAUUGAUCUAAUGGAAAGUCUGGAAAUUUGUCUGUACAGCAUCAAUUUCCUGUUUGGUCUUCCCGCACACUCAUAUGUUAUAUGGCUCAUCGUCACAGGAACACAAAGUGGAAUUGCAUCAGGAUUCUUCAAUCUCAAUCUCUCUGUUUGUGAGAUUGGUAACUGUCUGAAUAGUUUCAUCUUUGCAUUGUCAAUGUGGUUUUCAUGUCUCACGACACUGGAGUGCUUUUUAUUAGGACUAAGCCUCACUGGUCGCCCUCUGUUUCAGUGUCUGAAGUGUGUCGAGCGUUUCCUGGCAGUGGUUCAUCCUGUAACCUUUCUGAAGUUCAAACCUCUCAGAUAUAGAGCAAUCUGUUCCACUGCCGCCUGGAUCAUUUGUUUUGGCUCCUGUUUCGUCUGCAUGUUUACUAUAGAUUCACAAAACAUUAAACAUUUUUGGUUCUUAUCGAUGCAGUGUCUAAUCUUCCUCUCUAUUCAGUUGGUUUGCCUUUCGGCUGUUCUCAGAGCUCUGAAGCAGUCAGGACCAGGAGAGAGCGGGAGAGAGAGAGGGGAGGAAAACCACGUGAAGAGAAGAGCGUUUUAUCUCAUUUUAAUAACUACUGUGACCAUGGUUAUCCAGUAUGUCCCAUCUACUAUCUCAGGAUUCUUUACUAUUCUCAAACUAAAUAUUUCGCCGCUGGAGUAUAUUGCUUUGAUUUGUUAUUUGCUGUCUGGUUUUGUACAUCCUGUACUCUAUCUACACAGGGCUGGAAAACUCCCCUGCCAUUGUUCCCCAAAUAAAUGUUGA